CCGCCGGCGUCUUCGUGCUCUGUCAGGUCCUGGUAGCUUGCUGGUUGCGCUCCGCUCUCACCAUGUCCGAGACCGCGCCGCCCGCUCCGGCCGCCUCCACUCCCCCCGAGAAACCCGCGGCCGUCGGCAAGAAAACCAAGAAGCCGGCUAAGGCUGCGGCCACCGCCAAGAAGUCCGUGGGCCCCUCGGUGUCGGAGCUGCUCGUGCAGGCGGUGUCCUCUUCCAAGGAGCGCAGCGGCGUGUCCCUGGCGGCGCUCAAGAAGGCGCUGGCGGCCGCCGGCUACGACGUGGAGAAGAACAACAGCCGCAUCAAGCUGGGCCUCAAGAGCCUGGUGAGCAAGGGCAUCCUGGUGCAGACCAAGGGCACCGGCGCCUCGGGCUCUUUCAAACUCAACAAGAAGGCGGCCUCCGGCGAGGUCAAGGCCAACCCCCCAAAGGUGGCGAAAGCCAAGGUGACGGGCGCUUCCAAGAAACCUAAAAAGGUCACAGCGGCUACUAAAAAGGCGGUCAAGACUCCGAAAAAGGCCAAAAAACCGGCUGUGGCCAAGAAGCCGUCCAAGAGUCCCAAGAAGCCCAAGGCUGUGAAGCCCAAGAAAGUGGCCAAGAGCCCCGCCAAAGCCAAGGCUGUGAAGCCCAAAGCGGCCAAGGCGAAGGUGACCAAGCCAAAGACGGCUGCGAAGCCCAAAAAGGCCGCACCCAAGAAAAAGUAGAGUUGCAGUUGGAACUUGUUCCAGUAACCCAACGGCUCUUUUAAGAGCCACCAACAUAUUUCAGGGGAAAGAGCUUUAGUACGGCGUGUAUCUCGGCUCCCACGUGGAGUUGCCACCCACUUGUGAGGACGGUUUUGAGCUAAUCCUUACCCCACACCUAUAUUUCUUAGAGACUUCCUGUAUUCUCGCUGAUGUGCCUAACCUUCCUAGGCGACACUUAAGGUUUGGCAACCAGCGGCCUACUGUGCUUUCUCGCCUAGUUAACCGUGUCAGCAAUACCUGGGGAGCUAAUGGUCCCCGGCUGUGCUGUAAUCCACACCUUUUCCU